AUGGCCGCCAUGAGGGCUCGCAACAAAAUACGAGCUCCUCGUCGGGGCUUUCCUUCUGCUAAAACAGACGACUUCGAUUCCAGCUGGAAGGUCCUCUCAGCUUCUCUAACCGAAAUAAAUACCAAAAAUGCCUCUGCCCUGUCCUUCGAGGAGAUCUACCGCAGUGCCUACAGAAUUGUCAAGGGCCUUGAGGAGGAUUGGCUUCGCGACAACAUUCAACACCAGGUCACCGAGUCGAUCUCAGCAAGUCUGAUACGUCCCCAAGGCGUGGUGGAAAUGCAAGACCAGUCGAACGAACGCCGAGCUGCGGGGGAGAAGUUCCUGGGCGUGCUUAAGGAGAGGUGGGAAGACCAUCAGCUUUGCAUGGGCAUGAUCACCGAUGUCUUGAUGUAUAUGGAUCGAAUUAUUUCCGCAGACCGAACGAAGCCUUCUAUCUAUGUUGUCGCCAUGGCCCUCUUCCGAGAUCACAUCCUCCGUGCCGCCGCCCGUGCCGAGUCCGAAACCACCGUAUACGAUAUACUCGAAUCGACAAUACUAUUUAUGGUCCAGUUGGAACGGAACGGUCAUAUCAUUGAGCGGCCUUUGAUUCGACAUUGCAUCCAGAUGCUCGAAGGACUCUAUGAGAACAUGGAUGAGGAGGAGGGUGCCAAGCUUUAUCACUCGAUGUUUGAGCCUGCCUUUUUGCGCACAAGUACAGAGUUCUACCAAGGCGAAGGGAAACGCCUCAUUGAUAUCGGAGAUGCAAGCACCUUCUGCCGUAUUACCUCUGAGCGAAUUGCGGAAGAACAAGAAAGAUGCCGUUACGUCUUGGCGUCGGCGACUGAAUCCAAAAUCCUCCAUAUUUUGGACGAGGAGUUAAUCCGAAAGAACAUUGAGGAGGUCGUGAAGCUAGAGGGUACCGGGGUUCGACAUAUGCUGGACCACAACCAGCUGGAUGGUCUUCGAAAUGUUUAUCAGCUCAAUGCUCGAGUGGACCCGAAGAAGGAUGCUCUCGUUAGAGCCAUCAACAAGCGGAUUGUUGAGCUUGGCAAAGAGAUCAAUGCUUCGGCUCUUACAUCUUCACAAGGCCAGGCGUUAUCUGGUAAAAGCACAGAGGAGCCGAAGAAGGCAGAGAAGUCGAAAGAAAAGCCGGUCAACCAACAAACAGUAUCUGCGAUUCAAUGGGUGGAUGAUAUUCUGGCCCUGAAACGACAGUUUGAUACCGUCUGGGAGACUGCUUUCUCGUCUGACCAAGGUCUAGAAAGUUCGAUCAUGGGCAGCUUCUCGGAUUUUAUCAACAUCAACCCACGAAGCUCAGAGUACCUUUCACUCUUUUUCGACGAGAACUUGAAAAAAGGUAUCAAGGGCAAGACCGAGAUUGAAGUUGACGCUCUUCUUGAUAACGGCAUCACUCUGCUUCGAUACAUCAAGGAUAAGGAUCUCUUCGAGACAUAUUAUAAAAAACAUCUGUCCCGUCGCUUGUUGAUGAAGCGCGCCUCCAGCAUGGAUGCUGAGCGGCAAAUGAUUUCCAAAAUGAAACUGGAGGUUGGGAACCAGUUCACCCAGCGCAUUGAACACAUGUUCAAGGAUAUGACCGUCUCCGAGGAUUUAUCAGCAAGCUACAAAGCGCAUAUUGCUCAGAGUGCGGAGCCCGACCCAAAGCGCAUCGACCUAGAUAUCAAUGUUCUCACAAGCACGAUGUGGCCCAUGGAGAUGAUGGCCAGCAGAGAUGGCCACGUCCAAUUGCCAUGCACUUUCCCCAAGGAGAUCGAGAGCUUGAAACAGAGCUUCGAGAAAUUCUAUCUCGGCAAACACAGUGGACGAAAACUCUCUUGGCAGGCUGGAAUGGGUACCGCUGACAUCCGUGCUACAUUCCGACGGGCGAGCGGCAAGACCCAGCGAUACGAGUUGAACGUGUCAACAUAUGCCCUGAUCAUUCUCUCCCUCUUCAACGACCUACCGGAUAGUGAAUCUUACACCUACGAAGAAAUCCAGGGUCGCACCAGCAUUCCCCAAAAUGACCUCAUUCGCAAUCUCCAGUCACUCGCUGUGGCGCCGAAGACAAGAGUUCUUAAGAAAGAGCCGAUGAGCAAGGAUGUUAAGCCUACAGAUCGGUUCUUCUUCAACAACGAGUUCCAGAGUCAGUUCGUCAAAGUGCGGAUUGGCGUCGUCAGUGGCGGCUCCAAUAAAGCGGAGAACCAGGAUCAACGCAAGGAUACCGAAAAGAAGCUCAACGAGGAGCGUGGCAGUACAAUUGAGGCGGCCCUCGUUCGAAUCAUGAAACAACGCAAAAAGUUGAUUCACUCUCAGCUCAUGACAGAGGUCCUUGCGCAAUUAUCCGCUCGCUUUGUACCAGAUGUCAACAUGGUCAAGCGUCGAAUUGAGAGCUUGAUUGACCGCGAGUACCUGGAACGAGUCGGCGAGGAACCACCCACGUACGGCUACGUUGCCUGA